AUGCCCCUCGGCUGGGAGAGAAUCAACGUCAGACAAUCGCAUCCAAACAAGAACAUCGUCUUCAUCAAGCCCCUCCCCGGACCAGAUGAGAAGACCUCCAAGGACUACCUCGAGCGCAUCGCAGCGCAAUGCCUCCCCGUCAUGAACAAGCACCACCUAGCCGUGGCAUCUCUUGAGGAGUACCAGCCGAACCACGAGUUCUGGGGUCGCAACUUCAACAAUGGAGAGGUGAUCCAGCUCGUGCUCAGAUCCCCCUCGACGGGCAACUGGCUCCCCUUCCGCUUCGUACAGAUGGUCAUGAUGCACGAGCUCGCCCAUAACCAGCAGAUGAACCACUCCGCGGCCUUCUGGGCCGUGCGCAACGCCUUCGCCGCCGAGAUGCGUGCUCUGUGGGAGCGGGGCUACGUCGGGGACGGCCUGUGGGGGAAGGGGGUCCUCUUGGAGAACGGGGCGUUUGCGCGCGAGACGCUGGAGGAUGAUGAGGUGCUGCCGGAGCAUAUGUGUGGGGGGACGUUUCGGUCCAGGGGGGCCGGGAGGAAGAGGAAGGCACCGAAGGAGAAGGUGAAGAUCACGUACAAGGAGCGGCAGGAGAGGAGGGUUAGGAGGAAGUUCGGGGCUAAUGGGGUGGCCCUUGGGGCGGAUGAUGGGGUCAAGGCGACGUUGGAGAAGGGGCGGAAACCGGCUGGGAAGCCCAGGGUUGCGGGGAGUGGGAGGGGCAGGGAGUUGCGGGCUGCUGCUGCUCUGGCGAGGUUCGCGGUUAAGGAGGAGGAGCCACGGAUUAAAGAUGAGGAGUUGGUGACGGAUAGCGAGGCGGAGAGUGACGUGGAGGAUGAUGAUGUUGUUAAGAUCAAGCCGGAGCCGGAUGAUGCUAUUGAUAUCAACGGGCAGCGACUCACCGACAGCAAUGGACGUGGGAUGGUUAAGGUGUGCGAAGAUGAGGAUAAGGACGGUGAUGAUGCGAAGAGGGAAUUGCUCGAACUGCAGAGUAUUCCCGGAAGUUCUCAGCGGUACUUUCCUAAGGAUUCUACGAAGCCGAAGCCAGGCCCGAAACCACCGAACUCUGCACCCAAAUUGACGAAGAAAUUGCCGACCUCUACCUCCAAAGUCACGAAACCAGACCAAAAUUUAACGCCAAAUCAACCCUUAUCAACGCGGAAGAAAUCUCCGACGAAACACAGUCCGGAAGCCGCCGCUACGACAUCAACGAUACCUGAUGAGUCUUGUCCUGUCUGUUCUGUAAUCAACGACGCCCAAGCCUUAACCUGUACGGUCUGCGCCAACGUCUUAAAGCUCGAGUUCGUCGCGCAUCCCUGGCGAUGCAAGAGCUCUAUCUGUACAGACGGCGUCUACCUGAACGCUGGAGACGUGGGGAUAUGUGGCGUUUGUGGGGAGCGCAGCAAGCUUCAGGUAAAGCAAGAUGGUACCACCAUUUUGGCGUUAGGAGUUGACACUUGGCCGGCCUACCUCGGUAUCUUACAGAUCAUUUAUUUCGUGCGACUGGUGGGACGUAUCGGCCGUUUAGCUCCUCGCGCUGCAGUCGGCGCCUGGCUGAGGCACAUGGGCGACUCGAUGCGACCGGAUUUAUGGCUUGCAGCUCUUCUCCUGAACAGCUUUGAUUGGGGUCUGGUUGCCAUGCCUGCGCUUAACAACGACUUGCUUGCCUCGAAGUCGGAAUGCGGAUCUCUCAAACUGUUUCGUGGUAUGGCUACGAUACGAAUUGCAGAUGCUAUCCACCCAAUAAGAACGACUGAUGGGACGAGCAGCGCCCACGUGGGCGGUGUCUAUCCCAUCAGAGACGACGGCGUCCCUUCUAUCGAUCUUCGAAAGACAAGGUCUCGUUCGGUUGAGAGGCGUGGGGUGAAGAUCAUCGACCACGAACCUGACGAAGACGGCGAGGGACUUCGUCGAGAUGGUGAUUUCAAGCAGAAACAGGUCUUCAAAGGGAAAUAUCUCUUAUGGCUGGCAUACCAGAGUAUUGGCGUCAUCUAUGGUGACAUUGGCACCAGUCCUCUUUAUGUCUACUCUUCUACUUUUGGCGACGAGCCCUCAUAUCAGGACCUCCUCGGUGUCCUUUCGAUUAUAAUAUGGUCUAUUACUUUGAUGGUCACGGUCAAAUAUGUCCUCAUCAUCCUUUGGGCUGACAAUGAAGGGGAAGGGGGAACUUUCAGUACCUACUCUCUGCUUUCUCGAUUUGCAAACAUCACGAAGCGUGAUCCGCGCGAAGCCUCGCUCAUCAAGAUGGAACGAUACGUUACGGGGGAUAUUGAAGGGGCUAAUCUGCGAGUCCGUUCCCGGAUAGAAAACAGCAAGUUCGCACGAGGUCUUCUUAAGACUAUUGGUGUGGUCGCAGUCUCCAUGGUGUGUGCCGACGGUGUGCUAACCCCAGCACAGUCUGUUCUUGGAGCUGUGCAAGGUCUCAGCGUCGUCAAACCCGACAUUGAGAAAGCGACCAUCGUUGGUACCGCCUGCGGGAUCUUGAUCGUCUUGUUCCUCAUCCAACCCUUCGGAACAACAAAACUGGCAACAACCUUCGCUCCAAUCGUGAUAAUCUGGCUCAGCUUCAACGCCGGUUUCGGGAUCUACAACCUCGUCCAAUUCGACCACUCCGUCUUGAAGGCUUUCUCGCCUGGCUUUGCAUUCGAAUUCAUGAGGCGCAGCAAGACGGACGGCUGGCGCAAGCUCGGUGGGAUUCUCCUGGCCUUCACGGGAGUUGAGGCACUCUUUGCAGAUCUGGGUGCUUUCAGCCGCAGAGCUAUCCAGAUCUCUUGGUUGGGCUAUGCUUUCCCCUGUCUCCUCUUGGCAUAUGUUGGUCAGGCCGCAUACAUAAGUGCGCACGAGGGUGCUUACAAGAACCCAUUCUUUGAUACGGUGCCGCCUGGGAUGCUGUAUCCCAGUCUUGUGGUAGCUAUCUUGGCAGCCGUUGUUGCAUCUCAAGCCAUGAUUACGGCGACAUUCCAGCUGCUUUCACAGGUCAUGAAGUUGUCAUACUUUCCGCAGAUCAAGGUCGUCCACACAUCCGAGAUCUUCCAUGGUCAAGUAUAUAUACCCCUUAUAAACUGGCUUCUCAUGAUCGGGACCGUGGUGGCUGCUGCAGUUUACAAUAACACUACAUCCCUCGGAAAUGCGUAUGGAGUCUGUGUUAUGUUCGUCACGUUCUUCGACUCUUGCAUGGUCUCUCUUGCAGCGCUGAUCGUCUGGAGACUUCCGUACUACGUGGUAUUUAUAUCCUGGCUCAUCUUUGCCUGCCUCGACGGUCUCUACCUCUCCGCAGCCCUGGUCAAAGUUCCGCAGGGCGCAUGGUUCACUCUUCUACUAUCAGGCAUCAUCACAUCCCUCUUGAUCCUCUGGCGAUUCGGCAAAGAGCAGCAAUGGCAAGCCGAAGCCGAAGAUCGGUUCCCUACCACCCAUAUCGUCGAGCAGGGAGAUAACGGAGCUCCUAAGCUCACCCCGCUCUACGGCGGUGACAACCUGAGCACCAUCAAGGGGUUUGGCAUCUUCCUUGACAAGGCCGGCGAGACUACGCCGUUGAUCUUCUCUCAGUUCAUCAGCAAAUUAGUUGCUGCGCCCGAGGUCAUGGUAUUCUUCCACCUGCGACCGCUGGAAACACCGUCCGUCGCACCCGAGAACCGCUACACCGUCACGCGAAUCGCCAUCCCCAACUGCUACCGGCUCGUGGUCCGCCACGGCUACAUGGACGAAGUCAUCACGCCCGACCUCGCCUCCCUGGUCUGCGAACAGAUCCGGAACUUUAUCGUCGACAGCUGCCAGGGCGGCGUCUCGGUCCAGCACCCGGACCGGCCCCCGUCGCACGCGCACCCAUCUCCUCUUCGCGGCCGCCACACCUUUCCACCCCCCCUCCGCCGCCAUGACGAGAAGGGCUCCUCCCCCUCCUCCGCCUCCGCCUCCGAGUCGCGCGUGGUGGUGGUGGCUUCGACCGAGGAGACGAUCGCGGCCGACCUGGCUAAACUGCAGCACGCUUUCGAUCGGCAGGUCUUGUACAUCAUUGGCAAGGAACAGAUGCGGAUCAAGAACGGGACAGGCUUCGUGAGGAAGAUGUUGCUUACUGCGUUCUUAUGGCUGAGGGAAAAUACCCGCUCCAAGAUUGCGAACUUGCGAGUCCAGCCGGAUCGGGUGAUUGAGGUUGGGUUCGUCAAGGACGUGUGA